AGGCACAGGCCACGAUACGGGUUUUUGACCUAAAACAAAAUGACUACGGAUCUGCCGAGUGAGGAGAAGAUUUCUAUGGAGAAUUUUGCGCUCCUGCGGGUUCUCGGCAAAGGAGCCUACGGGAAAGUUUUCUUGGCGCGGAAGAUAGGCGGCAAGGACCAUGGGCAAAUCUAUGCAAUGAAAGUACUCAGAAAACAAAGAGUUCUCUCCAAACCAAAGACCUUGGAACACACACUUGCUGAGCGCCAAGUUCUAGAGCGUCUCCGCGGAGUGCCAUUCCUUGUGAACCUUUACUAUGCCUUCCAGACGGACACUAAGCUGCACAUUGUUAUGGAGUACGUCCGCGGUGGUGAACUAUUUACCCACUUGUGCAGUCGCGGCUCUUUCGACGUUGCUGCUGCAAGAUUCAUUAUCGCUGAAUUAAUUAUUGCUAUUGACAGUCUGCAUCAGCGUAAAGUAAUCUACCGUGAUCUGAAGUUGGAAAACAUCUUGCUAGAUGAAGAAGGCCAUGUGAAAUUGACUGACUUCGGUCUUAGCAAACUGCUCGUUUCCGAAGAAUUAGAUCGUGCAAAUUCGUAUUGCGGAACUAUCGAAUACAUGUCCCCAGAAGUUAUCAACCGACCUGAAGGCGGAUAUUCCGAUGUAGUUGAUUGGUGGUCGAUGGGAGUGAUUUCGUUCGAAUUGCUUACGGGUUGCAGUCCAUUCACGGUUGAUGGGGCCGCAAAUUCUAGCAAAGAAAUUGCUAAGCGAAUCAUAUCAAAGAAAGUUCCUUUCCCACGUAACAUGGAUCCGGACGCAAAAGACUUUAUCGGAGCGUUGUUAGAGAAAAAGCUAGAAAAGCGUCUUGGUUAUAAUGGAGUGGAUGAAAUUAAAAGACAUCGUUUUCUUCGCGACAUUGACUGGAAUAAGGCAGCCAAUCGUCAACUUACUCCUUUUAUUAUACCAAAUGUUACUCACGAGCUCGAUGUCCAAAACUUUGCCACUGAAUUCACUACCCAGCAACCACUAUACUCUCCUGCUGAAUCUCCCGUCAAUGCAAAUACCCUUUUUAGGGGAUACUCAUAUAUAUCACCCUCUGUCAUUUUCGCUAACAAUAAUAUUAUCGGAGAAGAAUUGAUGCAAGAAGACAUACAGGCACUUUUGGCAAAUUCGUCAUUUUUUGGCAAAUACAAACUGGAUACCACAGAGAAAGGUUAUCUGGGCAGAGGAUCUUUUUCGGUGGUGAGGCGUUGCGAGCGAAUAGAAGAUGGCGCUACAUUCGCUGUGAAGAUUGUCUCACAAAGAUUUUCCAUGCAAGCUCAACGCGAAGCGCGGAUUUUGGAAUUAGUCAGAGGUCACCCAAAUAUUGUACGUCUCGUUGAUGUUCACUCUGAUCCACUACACUUCUACAUUGUUAUGGAAUUAUUGCACGGACAAGAACUGCUAGCGAGACUGAGAAAAUUGGAGAAGUUCACUGAGGCCGAAGCAGCGGAUAUCAUGCGCCAAUUAGUAUCAGCAGUUGGUUUUUUGCAUUCAAAACGCAUUGUACAUCGCGAUCUAAAACCAGAGAACAUUUUGUUCGAAAGCGAGGAUAGCCAUGCUCGCUUGCGGCUGGUCGAUUUUGGAUUUGCACGAUUAUUACCAGCUUGUGUCGAACAACAGCUGAAGUCAGUCUAUCGGAAAAUGACACCCUGCUUUACCCUACAGUAUGCCGCACCAGAGGUUCUGGACCUUGGUGAUACCCUUCCCGAGUACAACGAACAGUGCGAUUUAUGGUCAUUGGGUGUUGUACUGUUCACGAUGCUGUCCGGACAAGUACCGUUCCAUGCUAGAUCGAAAACCGAAUCUGCUACAGAAAUCAUGCACCGGAUAAGAAAAGCCGAGUUCUCCUUUGAGGGAAACGCUUGGAAAGCUGUGUCGACUGAAGCUAAGCAACUGAUUAACGGUCUGUUGACUGUGGACCCGAAGAAAAGGUUGUCAAUGCAAGAAUUGUCACGACAUGCUUGGUUGAACUCGUCUGCAUCUCUCGAAACGCCGCUGCAAACGCCCAAUGUGCUGCCCUCAUUCGCUGGAGAGACGUUCAAUGAAACCCUGCAAGCGUUCCUCACAGCGAAUCGCGACGGAUUCCAUCUCAUGGAAGUUGAUGCUGCGCCUUUAAUGAAACGAAGAGGAUUGAAACGACAAAGUGCAGAGAAAGAAGCUAAUGAAAAAGCUUCUAAAAGAGUAGCUGCAUUUGAAACAGUCCCAGAAGAGCAUUCAACGAACGCUACGCUACGUCCGACGCACUUGGGCAUGAUUUCGCCGGACGUGAUGAUGAACUACCGAAUCCCUCCAGCAGGAACCAUUCGCGACACCCGUGGCUCCGAUUCAUCGUGA